AUGGACACGCCCUGCGCCGACCCCGAGCUGCAGCUCGACGUCGACCUCAUGGUGCUGGAGUACACGCUGUUCCAAGCGAUCGAGGCUCACCUGAGCGUCCUGUCGCGAGGUGGCUUUCAGGAUGAAGAAGCAGCACGGGGAUUACAACGAGAGCUCGCCAUGUUCGAAUCCUUUCUUGAAGUCUUCAACCACAACCACCCCCUCUACGAGCAAUCCCCCGAGUUCACGCUCAGACUCCAAUUCCUGGAGUUUCUCGUUCUCCUUCUUUCGCUGUCGUGUGGCCGCUGCCACCGCUCUUCGGCCGCCGCCAUUUCCGCAGACUGCUGCUGCUGCUGCCGCUGCUGCCUCAGCUCCACGGUGGACGCGUCGGUGAUGCUGCUCGACAGGCGCAGCGCGAUGGACGAUCUCCGGACUCGUCGAAGGUGGCUCGCCCGACGCGAGAGGGGUUACCAGCAAGGAGGAAAGGGGUCCGUCACCGCGGCGGGUGAACUCGACCUUGACCAUGCCCAGGCGGCUUGGGGUCUGGAGCAGCGGAUAUACAGCGCGUGGAGCCCGAGAGGUGCACACCACGCGUGUCCAGCCCCCCUGCAUACGACCGGGCCGCCCUCACUCCUCCUCUCCCUGUCCCUGCUGCUGCCUCGCUUCAUGGCCAUGUCGGCCCGGUUCGUCGACGUCACGAAGCAAGGCCCGAGCGAUCUCUGGAUAGACGUCGCGUGCGAGUUCAUGCUGCAGGCGGGUCUCGAAUCGCUGCGUGUGCGACGCGACGAUGGUGGUUCAGAGUGCCUCCCCAGCCUCGAGGACUGUUUUGCGUGGGGUUACAAUGGGGACGUUCCUUCUCAUUCUUUUUUGGAAGACAACGACGGCGAUGACGACGAAAAACAAACGGAGAUCGUGCUCAACAACCUCUUCCGCCUGCGACGACACGAGACGGGCGCCGAUGUCGACAUGGAGGACCCCGAGUGGACAGAGCUCCGUCUCGACACGGUCCAGGAAUUCACCAUCCCCGUCCCCCUCCCCGUCCGCCGCCGCCGAUUCUCCUCCUCCCUCUCCCUCCGCGUGCGCGUGCCAACCCCACCGCCACCGCCUCGCGCACCUGACCGCCAAAUACCCCGCGGCGAAUUUCCAGCACCGCCUCGCCCGCCUGCUCCGGGACAUGUGGGACCUGGCGUGCCGCGCCGACGUGCUGGGGAAGCCGGUGCUGGUGGAGAUCGGGGAGGGACACGUGCAGAGUCGCGGCGUAAUGGGCGGCGGGGCGGGGUCGGGGUUUGA